UAUAUUUUCAUUUCGUUGAUCUACAUUUCCGUGUCAGUUGCUGCACGGACGUUGCAAAGUACUGUCUCAGAGCCGACAAUAUCCCCAAAUCUGGCAAUACAGUCCGGUGGUAUUCUUAGCGAAAGCAUAUCCCCGUUAGAACCACGGGUAUUGUCUGAUUGGCAGCUCGAUGAGCUCAUAAUUGUGAGUGAUGUUGACGGAAGUCUCCAUGGGCUAAAUCGAAAAACUGGAGCUAGUAUGUGGACAUUGCCAAUUGACGAGCCCUUAGUGCAUAUUCUGGGAUCAAGCUUCAAAAAAGACACAAGCUCCAACAUACUUUGGUUUGUGGAGCCUUUUGAGGAUGGCUCGCUUUUUUAUUUCUCUCCCGAGUUCGGUCUCAAUAAGCUACCGACUUCCAUCAAGAAUUUGGUGAUGGAGUCACCAUUUUCGUUGAAUGGAGACGACAAAAUAUACACUGGAGCUCGAAAAACAUCUCUCUACACCCUCGAUAAGUCUACGGGAAAAGUUACCAAUAUGUUUGGGCUGCAGCUGAACUCUGACUCUUGUUCCGUAUCAAGUCAAUACAUGGGCAUAAAUCAAGAUAUCAGCAGAAUGUCCAAUCACAUCAUGCUAGGGAAAACAACAUACGAACUCUCCAUACAUUCCAAAGUCGACUCCAGCAUUGUAUGGAACGUGACGUACGCACAUUGGGGCCCAAACAAUAUUGACAACGAUUUAAUGAUCCAGAACCGUGACUCUGUCGAUAAGCUCUACUUCACUCCUUUCCACGAUAAGUCACUUUUGGCCCUCAACCACGCCCUGGGUGCGCCGGCUUGGAUGAGUAGGCUUCCGUCAAUGGCAGUGACUGUUUUUGAUGUGUUCAGUCAUCUCGAUAAUGGCAGCAGUAUCGCCAUCCCCCACCCAGCAAAGGAAUUUAAUCAGUUGCAACAUGUGGCAGAUGGACCCAAUAGCUCGAAUUUUGGAUUAUGCUUUCUUAAUAAGACAGCCCAAAAUUCACAGUGGUACGCCAUGAGCUAUAGAAAUUUUCCUACGCUCAUAAAAUCUGCUCCCACAUCACCUUAUGAGAUGGCUUUGCAAAAAUACGAGAAAGGGUUUUUGGAGCACCUAGCGAUCGAAAAAAUGCGCACUUUCAAUGUUCAUGAGCCUGAUGCUGUGUUUUUUUUGAGUGGGAUUCACAGCUAUGGUUCUUUGUCAUCAGCGAACUCCUAUCAGCCAGGUAGCAAGUUUAGGCGUGAUGAAUUCCAACGUAUUGGCGGGAGUCCUCAUGACUUGAUUAAUCCUUCUCAAUGGAGCCUGAGGGAUGGACAGGCUCCAAGUCUCAUGGAUGGCAUCUUCUUUCCAUUGGCUGAAGAAAGUUCCAAAAGAGACUUGGCGGUGGUCAAUUCACAUCAGGAUGUGCACCGGGGUCAAAAGACAAAAAACGAUUUUUUGCCUGUCACUUAUCACAAACACAGCAGUGCAAUUGAUUCUAUCUCCACUCAAAAACUACUGAUUUUUAGGCGCAUAUCCGAAGACUUGAUUGUCAUGUUCACUUUACUUCUUUUUCUCAUAGCAUUUGUUAAGAUCGCACAAAAAUUGAAGUAUUUGAGCCCUGAACACACCCAAAUCAAGCACUGGAAAGAUGAAUCACACCAGUCGGAAAUCAAAAGCACUGAAAUAAAAGUUUCCGAGAGUCAAGAUAUGCUUGAAGCCUCGUCUAGAGAAACAGUGCUAGUCGCUGAACCAAAUUUCCUUGACUGUUCAGAUUCUCAGCAGUCUGCUGGGUUGCUGCAAACCACUACAAAUACUCAAAAUGUUUUUAGCCCAGGAGUUUCUGUUGUUCACGAUGAUCAGAAAGGAACAUCUGAAAUACCUUUAAAGGUUGAUGAAGACUUGGAUGAUCAAGGCCUCGUCGGUACUUCCAAAAAGAAACGCAAAAGAGGAAGCCGAGGGGGCAAGAGAGGUGGAAAACUGAAAAAACUACAAAGUGACGAUGAAGAAUCGUCAGUUCCAAUACCAUCGGACGAUGCUAGCGGGACGAUAACUAUGGAUGAAGAAAAUGAUCGGCUUCUCGAGGACGAUGCUAUCUCCACUCUUUCACUCGUCAACACAUUUGCAAAGCCAGACAACCAAUUGAAGAAGCUUCAGAUUGACAAGAAUCUAGUGAUCUCCAAUAACAUUUUAGGAUAUGGGUCUCAUGGAACUGUUGUUUAUGAAGGAACAUUUGAGAACAGACCCGUCGCUGUUAAAAGAAUGCUUUUUGAUUUUUAUGACAUCGCAAACCAUGAAGUUCGUCUACUACAAGAAAGUGAUGAUCAUCCCAAUGUUAUUCGAUACUUUUGUUCGCAAUCCAACCUCAAAGAGAAGUUUCUUUAUAUUGCUUUAGAGCGUUGUGUUUGCUCACUAGAAGAUCUCAUUGAAAAACAGAGAUUCCUCCCGCAAAAAUCCAAGCUCAACAUUACUAGUCGUAACGAUUUGUUACACCAGUUAGCUAGUGGACUCAGUUACUUGCACUCUUUGAAGAUUGUGCAUAGAGACUUGAAACCGCAAAACAUUCUUUUAGGGGAGACAACUCAAAGGAAGACACAUUUUGAUAUACUGAGCACUAGACUUUUAAUCUCUGAUUUUGGUUUGUGCAAAAAGUUAGAUGCCGAUCAGUCUUCAUUCGGCGCCACCACGCACACUGCUGCAUCAGGAACGUCAGGCUGGAGAGCGCCUGAGCUUCUUCAUCCUGGCAGUAAUUGCGAUAUAUCUCAAAAGUUUCUUGUUUCUCAAAAUCGGGACCACAUAAACUUCACCUCUGUCGAAAUAGAGAAGAGAUUGACCAAAGCCAUUGAUAUUUUUUCGCUUGGAUGUGUGUUCUUCUAUAUUUUGACUGACGGGUGUCAUCCUUUUGGUGACCGAUAUCUUCGUGAAGCCAACAUUAUUAAAGGCAGUUGUGACUUGUCGCCAUUGAUCAGAGGAUGUCCCAGGGAUCAUGUGGAGGCGACUCAUUUGAUCAAUUUGAUGAUACACACUGAUCCAAAAAUGAGACCGGAUACUGUGGCUAUUCUAAAGCAUCCUCUAUUUUGGAGCACGGGCAAAAAACUAGAGUUUCUAUUGAAAGUAAGUGAUCGAUUUGAGAUCGAAAGAAGAGAUCCUCCUAGCGAUCUCCUUCUCACUUUGGAAGAAAUCAGCUUCAAAGUCCAUCAGGGUGACUGGCUUGGAAAGUUUAACUCCAAUUUCAUUGAAAACUUGGGAAAAUACCGAAAAUACCACACUGAAAAGGUUAUGGACUUGUUAAGAGCUUUGAGGAAUAAGUAUCACCAUUACAAUGACAUGCCCACAGAAUUGCAAAGUCAGAUGAGCCCAUUGCCGUCCGGAUUUUACAAUUACUUCAAUGAAAAAUUUCCACAUCUAUUAAUGGAGGUGUAUGCUGUCGUGGAAAAACACUUGCAAGAAGAACAUAUAUUUCAUGAGUUCUUUUGA